AUGGGGUUAAGGUGGUUGGCCGAGAACUGCGACUUGUACGAAGACAUUUCGUCCGAUGAGAACGAUGAGACUUACUGUGACGUGCAAGAGACUGAUGUGACCAAUGUGAAUUAUCUGGAUGAUAUUUCUUUUGCAUCAGAAUUGCCGGAGAUCGACGAAUCUCUGGUAGAAGACAUUCUCCAUAAUUGUGCAGACUUUACUAGUGACCGAAUAGUCGAGAUGUUGGAAGACGAGUCAACGGACACCCGGGAAGUUAUCUUUAUAGACGAGGACAGCCAACCAGAAACGAGUGCUUGUGACAGUGAUCGUGACAGUGAACAUCGGGACACUGAUCUCACGCAGAGAUCAACAAUUUGUCUGGUGUUACAUAAGACAGUGAAACGUAACCUAGAUGGUACGGAAGAAAUAAGCAGAGACUCUCAUAUCGUUUAUUCAGAAGACCUUAACCCCGAUGAUAUUGACUUUCCAAAUGUGGCUAAUGAAAUCCUGAAGGAGGUACCGAAACAUUUCGAAGACGGCCAUGUUCGGAUUGUGAAAGGCGACAUUUCCGUAUGA